CAUUAGCUGUUACUGUCAGUGGAGAAAAGCCUGGUCAAGAACUAAUGAGCCAUCAGCAUCAGCCCCCGUUAUCCCGCCCAGAGGGCAUUGGCGUGAUCAGCCCGGGCGCCAGGGACACAGGCUCGCUCGCGUUCAGCUUAGCUCGGUACCAAAGCGUUAGCCAGCCAAAUCCUCCGGGGUGGGGUGGGGGAAAGACGUUCUCAUUAUCCCGCUCGGCGCUGUGGCGGAGGCAGCUGGCCUGGCUGUCCAUUAAUAGAUUACACGGAGGAUUUGAGAUUGUUAACAGGGAAGAGCGCUUUAGCUGGAUCCAUGCUGGUAAAAGGCCACUGAGGCGCGCCCCACAGCGGAGGACGCAUCCUUUAGGAGGGACCUGUACUUCUCCCCCUCCCGGUUACACAUUUUCGGACAAGCCCAGGUUGCUUCCCCAUUAAGAAGGACGUUCGCUAAGACCUGCCACCAUGGAUGAAUGGGACCUUCCACAGUGGAAGAAGGAAGUAGACAGCCUGAAAUACCAACUGGCUUACAAGAGGGAAAUGUCUUCUAAAACAAUACCUGAGUUGAUGAAGUGGAUAGAAGACAGCAUUCCAGAAGACCCAUUUCUGAAUCCAGAGCUGAUGAAAAGCAACCCUUGGGUGGAAAAAGGAAAAUGUACCAUACUCUAAAUGCCCCUAAAUCCAACUUCACUCCCAAGCGGCCGUGGCUGACAAAAUGGCUUCCUCCUGAGAUAUUCAAUUUUGCAUUAACUCUGAAUGUACAUUUUUUUAUUAGUUUCCUAAUAUGACUAACUGUACAAACACUA